UGCAAAAUUUUUAAACAUCAAAUUAAUUACUCGAGGUUUGAGCGGUUCGAGGUGGUCAAUGGCCAUUUUCAAAUGCCGAAUAGACAGUAACAAAUUUACGUGAAUUGCAGAGGGAUAUGUUCUGUUUUAUUAGGCACAAGCCUGGUGUAGCUACUUGGCAGAAUGUUUGCCUAUUAGCAAGACGACUUUUUACGAGCGUGGCCUUUGAGGAACUGCCAAUUAUGCAUGUCAAUGCAACGUACAAUAAUACCAUCGUUACAUUGACCGAUCAUUGUGGCAAUACCUUGGGUUGGAAGUCAGCUGGAAGUGAAGGUUUCAAGAAUGCCAGAAGAGGGACGAACUUUGCUGGCCAACAGGCAGCAAUUGCUGCUGCCAAGCGAGCAUUAGAUCUUGGCAUUACACAAGUUCGUGUCAAAGUAAAAGGAAUGGGACCAGGCAGAAAAUCAUCAGUAAAAGGUUUUGAAUUGGGUGGAUUAUCUGUAUAUUCAGUGACAGAUGUCACACCAAUUCCACAUAAUGGAUGUCGACCAAGAAAAGUGAGGCGUUUGUAAAUACUCAUAUGUAUCCAUGAAAUGAGAUGAAGGAAAUAGCAAAUAUUUUGCAUCCAUUUGUGGCUGGGCUGUCAUGGUAACUGGUGGUGCGUGGCCUUUUUGUAUCAAUAAUGAAUGAUGCAUGUUCUGAGGUUUAAAACGAAGUUAAUUGCUUCAGACUUGUGACCAGGAAUUUUCUAUUGGUUUUGUUUGAAUUUUAAUGAGUGUUUGAGGUGUAGAGUAUUCCUAAGACAGAAAGGGCAUCCUCAUUUCUCUGACAUUGUGCAAAUGUAUGAACAGAUAGGUACAUUGUAGGAUUAAAUUGUCUUAUUAAAAUGAGUUUUGUGAUGUAUGGUAGUUGCAUUCCAUUGUCAUAUCAUACACAUGCACGCAUUUACAUUUGAAUAAAAGUGGAAAUGUAA